AGUAGCUAUUAAUGGCAGUAGUGAUAGGAUCGCAUUUUCGGGCUCAGCUCCCCAACAGAACCGCACUUUUCGCACUGGCUUCUCCACUUGUUUCACUGGUUCAGCCGCGAAAGCACCGCCCAAAGUUCGGGAACUGUCAAGACGCUGUUGCCACGGCGACGCCCCACCCCGCCUCGCUCCUGCUCGAAGAACAUGCUGGGAGUUGUAGUUCGAGGAGACGUUCACCGAGGGGCGGGGCCACUUCCGGGAGCGGCACUAUAGUCACCGUUCCCACUUCCGCCGCCAGUCUGUAUCACUCCCUGCUCCAAGUCACAGAGCCGAAACUUAAAUGCCAGGCAUGAGUCCCCCUUUGCACGGCCGUGGGAGUUACGCCUGAAGGCAGGGUAGGGGAAGUCACGCAGUGCCAAAGGCGCAGACGACAGAGACUCCCGUGGGUCCGAAGAGGUGGGGCUUCCGCCCCGGGAAAAGAGGCUCCGCCUCCUUGCGUCACUUCCGUCAACAAAGGGCGCUCCGGAGGCGCUGGUCUGGAGAUGCGCGCCCCGCACUAGCGGCCGCUGGUGGUGCCUUCAGGGGCUCUUCGCUCCUUGCCGGUUGAGGAAAGGGACCCCGGCCUCGUUCUUCAUCGGGUCUUAAGAGGCUGCCUUCGGCACAGCAAGGAUCUCAGGACAAUGGAAGAGCGGAAAGUGAAGAGGAGGAGCCCUAAGUCUUUUAGUGCCCACCCUACUCAGGUUGUUAAUGCCAAAAAAAAUGCCAUUCCAGUAAGUAAAAGCACCGGGUUUUCAAAUCCUGCAGCACAGUCAACUUCACAGCGACCAAAGUUAAAAAGAGUGACGAAGGAGAAGGCCAAACCUCAGGGUGGAGAAGGGAAAGGAGCUCAGGCGACUCCGAUCCAACACUCCUUCCUCACUGAUGUCUCAGAUGUACAGGAGAUGGAGCGAGGGCUCCUCAGUCUUUUGAAUGAUUUCCACUCAGGAAAGCUUCAAGCCUUUGUUCUGGAAUGUUUCCCAGGAAACGAGUGUUCCAUAGAGCAGAUGGAGCACGUCCGGGGAAUGCAGGAAAAGUUAGCCCGCUUGAAUCUGGAGCUCUACGGGGAGUUAGAGGAGCUUCCUGAGGACAAGAGGAAAACAGCCAGCGACUCCAACCUGGACAGGCUGCUGUCUGAUUUAGAAGAACUGAACUCUUCUAUACAGAAGCUGCACUUGGCAGAUGCACAGGGCGUUCCGAACACUUCCACCAGCUAAACUGCAACGCCGCCUGCCUGCCUGGGAUCUGCAGCGAAGCUGCGCUCUCUACUUUCCAGCUGAAUCCAGUAGCAGAACCCUCUCUCUCCACAGGAGUGACAGCAAUUAAAGUGCAAGUGCAAUGAUCAUUUCCACACACUGCUCUCAGUAAGUCCGCUUGUGCUCAUGCACCCGGCGCCCGCCGGCCUGUGCAGGCUCUCAGGAGCCCUGCAGGCUCGGCUGCUCGCUUCCCUCUGUUGCCUUAUGGGUGAUACUUGAAAUGCGUUGUGCUCAAAGCGCUCGCUGGGCCGCAGGCUGCGUCCUUCCCGAGUGCCGCACUUACCCAGGGGCUGGUGCGCAGGCUUCUUGUGGCAGCCCAGCUUCCGUUCACCUUAGACAAUCAGCACACACGCAGGUGUGUGUUCAGUGGCCAGUGACAACAAAUUGUUAAAUGAGUAUUUGUGAGAUUUGCUAUUUUUAAUAAAGUGACUGAUUUAAGUUUA